CUUCCCCCACAACUCUCGCCUGUGAUUUUUCUUUUCUUCUUAUCAAUCUUCAAAGAUCAUCAUCCCACUUUUAUUAAUAUCACUAAAAUAAAUAAUUAUAAAAAUAAAUAUAUAUAUACAUACAUAUAUAUACCCCACCGUAAUUAUCAUCUACACUUUUUUGUGUAAAACCCACAAAAGUAUUUAGAUGAAAAUAUGUACACAACUGGUUUUCUUGAAUCUUUGAUGGCAUAAAGUUUGAAUCUUUUCCCUUGAUUUCAGCUAAAAAGGUGUAAUCUUUAUUGUAGGCUUAGUAAUCGGAACCCAAGAUAUGAUGAAUUAGUAUUUAUUAAUAAGAAAUUGAGAAUCUUUAUUGGGUGGGGGUUGGAUUUUUCCCAAAAAAGAUUCCUUUUUAGCUUAUGAUUUAAUUUAGUAGAUCUUGUAUAUGCUUUGAUGGAGUUGAUCUUAAGGUAGUGAAAUCACCGAAAAAUUAAGUACUUUCAUAGGGGGAUUGAUUGAUUGCUGUGAUAUUGAUCAAUGGAGGCUAAAUUUGGGGGAAACCCUCAUCAUUACUAUGGGCCAGUUGUGCCGGAAUUAAAGACUGUUGGAAAGAGGACUAUGGAAUGGGAUUUAAAUGAUUGGAAAUGGGACGGCGAUCUAUUUACUGCUACUCCGUUAAAUGGGUUUCAGUCGGAUUGUAGAGGUAGGCAAUUGUUUCCAAUUGAUUCGGGUGUUGAGGGGAAUACGAAUACUGUUGUGUCUAAUAGCUCGUCCUCGUGUUCUGAUGGAGGAAAAAGGGAAUUGGAAAAGCGGAGAAGGGUUGUAAUUCUCGAUGAUGAUGAAGAAAUUGGGGGUCUUAACUUAAAUCUUGGAGUACAAGUGCAUCCUGUAACCGAAGAUGAAUUGGAGAGGUAUGAGGGAAGGAAUGGGAAGAAAUCUAAAGUAGGCGGGGGUGCUUCUAAUCGUGCGGUUUGUCAGGUGGAUGAUUGUCAUACUGAUCUAACGGGUGCAAAAGAUUAUCAUCGGCGACAUAAGGUUUGUAAUUCCCAUUCCAAGGCCACUAAAGCAUUGGUAGGGAAUGUGAUGCAAAGGUUUUGUCAGCAGUGCAGCAGGUUUCAUGCUCUUGAGGAAUUUGAUGAAGGAAAGAGAAGUUGUCGAAGACGCUUAGCAGGACAUAAUAGGCGGAGAAGAAAGACACAUCCAGAAAACCCGACAAAUGGAAUUUCACUAAAUGAUGAACGCACCUCUAGUUAUUUACUCGUUAGUCUCUUGAGGAUACUAUCAAAUGUUCAAUCGAAUAAUACGUCCGAGCAAAGCAAAGAUCAAGAUAUGCUCUCUCAUCUUUUGAGAAACCUUGCUAGUCUCGCGGGUACAGCUAAUGAGAAAAAUUCUUCCGGUGGAUCACAAUGUUUGCAGGAUGCUGGUACAUCCGUUGCAACCCCCGAGAAGGAGCCUAUGCAGCUGGUGGGACAAACUGUGAAUCCUUCAGGAUCUGUAAUGAUGAAUAGAGAAGCUUUACAAAGUGCAGCUACUUGUCAAAUAACAUUUCCGUCAAAUAACAAAUCUCCCACUGAAGUCAGAAAGACGAAAUUGAACAACAUUGAUUUGAACAUGGUUUAUGAUGAUUCUCAAGAUUGUAUGGAAACUAUGGAGAGCUUUGAGACCCCUGAAAAUAACGACGGUGUGCCCUUAUGGUUACGCAGCCACCCUCACAAGUCAAGUCCACCUCAAACAAGUGGAAACUCUGGUUCAACGGCAACACAGUCACCAUCUAGUUCUAGUGGAGAAGGACAGAGUCGUACUGACCGAAUCGUAUUCAAACUAUUUGGGAAAGAUCCAAAUGAGUUGCCUCUUCUCCUCCGGAACCAGAUCCUUGACUGGUUAUUACAUAGUCCGACUGAUAUUGAAGGUUACAUUCGACCUGGAUGUAUCAUAUUAGCAGUAUAUCUUCGAAUGGACAAUUCCUCUUGGGACGAGCUUUGCUAUGAUUUGAGCAACCAUUUGCUAAAGCUUUUGGAAGCCUCAAAUAACUCUUUCUGGAGAACUGGAUGGGUUUACACUAGGGUGCUUGAUCAUGUUGCAUUUGUUUGUGAUGGUCAGAUUGUUUUGAACACAGCUUUGCCACAUAAAGGAUAUAGAGACUCCAGCAUCUUGAACAUAUCACCCAUAGCGGUUUCCGCUACCGAGAAUGCUAAAUUUUCAGUUAAAGGUUUAAACAUUUCAUGGUCAACCUCAAGGAUGCUCUGUGUACUUGAAGGGAAAUACCUUGUUCAGACAACUUGUUCUGAUUUACUGGAGGAAACAGAUUCGUCGAUUAAUUACGAAGAUAUCCAGUCUCUCAGCUUCUCAUGCUCUAUCCCUAACAUUUCCGGGAGAGGAUUCAUAGAGAUCGAGGAUGAUAGUCUCAGCAGCAGCUUCUUUCCAUUUAUAGUAGCAGAACCGGAUGUUUGUUCAGAAAUAUGUAUGCUCGAGAGUGAUUUAGCCAUAACUGAAACUUCUGACAACACUGAAAAAGAGAUGAAAGAAGUAGAAGCAAGAACACGGGCAUUGGAUUUUGUAAACGAAAUUGGAUGGCUUCUUCAUAGAAGUCAACUGAAAGUGAGAUUAAAUUCCAUGGAUCCCAAUUUGGAUCUUUUCUCUUUUGAACGGUUCAGGUGGCUUAUAGAGUUCUCUGUUGACCAUGAUUGGUGUGCCGUGGUCAAGAAACUGUUGGGCAUUAUCUUUAGUGGAACAGUAGACAUAACAGACCAUAGUUCCGUUGAAUUUGCAUUGGUGGAAGUGGGCUUACUCCAUCGAGCCGUGAGACGAAACUCUAACCUCAUGGUUCAAUUGCUCUUAAAUUAUUGUGAAGGAAACAGUUCAGAUGGAACCAGACCUGGGUCUGCUUUGUUCAGACCAGAUGCUGCAGGCCCUGGUGGGUUAACUCCUCUUCAUAUUGCAUCUGGUAAAGAUGGUUCUGAGAGCGUGUUGGAUGCAUUAACUAAUGAUCCUCAGCAGGUGGGACUUGAAGCAUGGAGAAGCUCUCGUGAUGGUACAGGUUUAACUCCUUAUGAUUACGCAUCACUAAGAGGCCAUUACAAUUAUAUUCAUCUAGUUCAAAGAAAGAUCAACAAAAAGAGAUCAGAGAAGGGACACGUUGUUCUUGACAUGCCACCCGAAGAGCCGUCUCGUAAGGUGGCUGGAUUUGAAACCGAGAAAGCUGUAGUGGUAACACCAGUGGUUUUCCAGAAAUCAUGUGGCCAAUGUGAGCGGAAAUUGGCAUAUUAUGGCGGCGGGCGGUCAUCAUUGGCGCUUUACAAGCCGGCAAUGCUGUCAAUGGUAGCCAUAGCUGCAGUAUGCGUAUGUGUGGCUCUGCUGUUCAAGAGCUCACCGCAGGUUAUGUAUGUGUUCCAGCCUUUCAUUUGGGAAAGACUCAAGUUUGGAGCAAGUUAAACUAAUAAGAGGUUUAGGGUUUCUUUUUGUUACUACUUUUUUUUUCCCACUUUUUUUGGAUAUAAUUUAUCAAAAGCGAUGGUAAUGAUCAAUCGAUCCAUCUAUCAUCUAUAUAUAUAUAUAUAUAUAUAUUCUGACUUGAAAAAUUUAUGUAUAAUGUGUGUUGAUAUGGGUGUUAUUUCAUCCAAAAUAAUCUAUAACUUGUAUUACCUUA